UUGAAACUUCAGCUAAUGGCUCCAGUUUCCCCUUCUCCUGCAGGCUAUUCCCCCAAGCCCACAUUGGCUACUGACCUGUCAACAAUAGAAGAAGGAAAUGAUGGAAACAGUCCUCCACAAGCAUCAACGGCAGAAGUAACAGUUUCUUCAAUCAUCAAUGCCUGUAACAUGAUGGCAGAGCUGAUGGGAACCUAUGUGAUCAUAUUCAUAGGUUGUGGUUCUAUAUUGAUCGACAUUAAGUAUGAGAUUUCAGCUGUGGGUAUAGCAGUUGCAUGGGGUUUUGUUGUCAUGGUGAUGAUAUAUGCAUUAGGCCAUGUCUCCGGCGGCCAUUUUAAUCCUGCUAUUACUAUUGCUUUUGCAGUUUCAUGCAAGUUUCCAUGGAGACAGGUUCCAGGAUAUGUGGCAUCCCAAUUAACAGGAUCAACGCUUGCCAUUCUCACCCUCAGUGUUAUGUUCCAUGGUAAAGCAGAUAUCAAGUUCACAGUGACUCAGUAUUUGGGUCAGGCAACUGAUCUUGAAGGCUUUAUGUGGGAGUUUAUAACUUCGUUCAUCCUAAUGAUCACCAUUUGUGGUGUUGCAACUGAUAGUAGAGCAAUAAACGAGCUGUCUGGAGUGGCAGUAGGGGCUGCAAUACUCUUUGACAUGCUGAUUGCAGGGAGAAUCACAGGAGCUUCAAUGAACCCUGCAAGAAGCCUAGGUCCAGCCCUUGUUUCCAGGACAUUUGAGUGUCUCUGGGUCUAUGUUGUGGCUCCAAUUCUUGGAAUGAUAACUGCUUCGAGCGCGUACAGUUUCAUCUGGCUCCCACCAGCUGACAAGGAGACGACCAAGAGUGUAUAGCCUGUUUUUGUGCAGAUUGGAUUCAGUGGCUGUAGAUAAAGCCCAGUAGUUGAGGACUUGUAGCAGCAAACGCCAGAACAGUGCCUAGAUAGAACGUAACUGCAACGACAAGCCCACUUGCUCAGUUGACCUAGAGAUGGGCUGCAGUAGCUUCUUACUAAAGCCCUGUAGACUUAGAGACAGGAACAAUUUUACCAAAGCCUAUAAUUUUAAUCUUAAACUUAUUUUCAUUAUUAUUACAAUUUUCAUCUUAAAGUUUCUUCAAGAACACUGCAAUUAUUUUUAUUUAAAUCACUCUGUAUUCAAAAUUUAUUAUUUUUUUUUU